AUGGUCAUCAUACACUCUGAGCAGUCCAACGCGACCAACGGGUGCCACUCGGGGUGCUUUCCUGUGCAGAACUCGACCGAAUGCUUCUGGCAGACUCACGGUCACAAGCUCAGUGAGCUCCGCUCAACCCCCGAGUUGCCAAAACACAGUGACAUUGUUAUCAUUGGUGGUGGGUAUGCCGGUGUCAGUACGGCCUAUCAUCUAGCUGGAGAAUUCGGCGAUGCAGCUGGUUCAAUCACCCUUCUGGAAGCUCGCGGAUUAUGCUCUGGUGCCACCGGCCGGAAUGGGGGUCAUCUGAGACCCGACUUCUACGGUCAUAUUCCCACGUACAUUGAUCGCGCGGGAGCUAGAGCCGGGGCGGAAAUUGCAGAAUUUGAGAUCGCCAAUCUCCGGGCAUUAAAACGGUUUAUCGAGGAGGAAAAGAUUGAUUGCGAUCUGACGUUGACCCGCUCUAUCGACGUGUGGUGCAACGAGGAGGCUGCAAAGAAAGCAAAGGCAGUGUACGAUCAAAUGGUUGCUCAUAAUUUUGAAUACAUGGAGGACACGAUAUUCUACACUGGUCCCAUGGCUGAAGGAAUCUGUGGCAUCAAAGGAGCAGUAGCAUGUGCAUCAUUUACUGCUGGAACAUUGUGGCCAUAUAAGUUUAUCAUGCAUCUUGUUCAAAAGCUUGCUGGCGAUGAUACGGUGAACUUUCAAGCGCAUACCCCAGUCAAGUCGAUCACCCCCUGUGCAAAUGGAGGAUUCCUUGUUGAAACCAGCCGAGGAACCAUUCAAACAGACAAGGUGAUCUACGCCAACAACGCGUACGUGUCUGGUCUCCUACCGGAAUACCAGAGGAACAUCAUCCCUUGUAAAGGGAUUUGCUGCCGGAUCACGUUACCUGAUGGGACGGUGCCCCCACUGCUCAACAAUUCUUACAUUCAUCGCACCAAGGAUAAUACGCUCUCAUAUUUAGUCCCUAGGGCAGAUGGAAGUAUCAUUGUUGGAGGUGCCGCGGCCCAGUUCCGGCCAUUCAAAGAACAAUGGUACAACAACGUGGAUGAUGGAUCCCUGAUUGACGCUGCGAAAGACUACUACGAUGGCUACAUGCAGCGUACUUUUCACGGAUGGGAAGGUACAGAUGCUAAGGUCGAUAAGAUAUGGUCAGGCAUCAUGGGCUAUUCAUACGAUUCUAACCCCCAUAUCGGUAUUGUCCCUGCCAAGGAUGAUCAAUUUAUCAUUGCGGGCUUUAACGGUCAUGGAAUGCCUGUGAUUUGGCUCGCGGCAAAGGAACUGGCGCGAAUGGUGGUUAAGAGGAUCCCUUUUGAGGAGACAAGUAUGCCCCGGCUUUUUCAGACCUCCCAGUUCAGGAUUGAUCGAGCAAUGAAUGGGCGAGAAGAAGAUGGCGAUAUUCUUGGUAGUGGAAGUUUUCCUUCUACCAAGCCGUGA